UUUGACAACACACUCUGGACACGGGAAGGACCGUCGUCCCGUCUCCCGUCAACACAUCGAGCGCUUGGCAGGUAGCGUGGCGUGAGACUAGAGAGCCAAGACGUAAAACAGCAGAUAACCUUGUUGAGGCACGGAAUUGCUCGAUUCAUACGACCUGGUAGAUCUACUUUGCGGGAGGUUCUUCCCGGCCCGGAGAAAGAUCAGGACGGUCUUUAUUUCCCGAAGACAUUGUCUAGCAGCCAGCGCAGCUACGGUAGGUCCUGAGCUUGUCAACUCACCUGUAGAUCUACUGUAUGCGUGUGGAUAUCAUUGAUCCACGAACACGAAUCUACUCAGCUUGAGUCUUCAAGCAGAGCUAAGCAAUCCGAUCGACAGAGUGGUAGUUUUUAGCUGGAAUUACUGGAGCUGCGCAUGCAAUCAGGGACAGCUCAGAACUUUCUUGUCUUCCUGCGAGUGCUGCAAAGAGCCUGAAGCUGUGGUCCCGUAUCAUCCGCUGGAUCUGGCCUCAAUCCUGCAGGGAAAAAACUGUGCGCUCUGUGAGAAUAGUGCGGACAUAGCCGUUCACUGUUUGAUAGCAUCACAUCGGGCGUUCUUCGGAAUCUUUAGCUCAACUGACUCGAAGUCGAAAUCGGCUGCCGGCAACUGGAACGGAAUACAGCAGUGGCGGUGGCCGCAAAGCGGCCGAAGAUGCUGGAGUGAUGCACAUCAUGUUACCGAACACAGCGUAGCAGUUGUGCUGAUAUUGAAUGAGCUAAACACAGAGUGGAGGAGUCUGAAAAGCUUGGAUGAUGCAGAUGUCAUGUUAGAGUGAGUGGGUCAAGGAGCCUACAACCUCUGCGGCUUGUUGUACGGCAUAACAGACAAUGCCAUUGCAAUAGUUACCUUCACGGAGAAGUCAGUCGAAACUCUACGUUAGUAGCAAGCAGACUUGAUCCUCACAGCCACGUGUGCAUGGAGUUGUCCUGGAAGACAACAUCCGCUAAAUCAGCAACAGCUUCACCGUGCGACUUGUGCAAGGCUCUAGGCUACUGACCUAAGAUACGGGGCAGCCUCACUGUGCGUGACGUGCUUGCUGGCGAGGAAGAGAACAGCAAGUCUGCAUGCAUGUGUUUGCACGUGUGUGUGCAUGUGUACGUGUGCAUGUAGGCGUUCAACAGGCCGUGUGCUGCAUUGCCAAACCCGGUGUCAAGCACAGCUGUUCAUCGCUCAGCAUCGCAUAGCACUGUGCAAUGGGGUGCUCGCCAUCAGCAAAUUCAGCGCGUCGCCAGGAGAGCCUGCUGGCUCUGGCAGUAGCACAAGAAGCUCUCCUGCUACAACAGCACCAGCAAGCACAGCUUAACGGCCAACACUACACAACAUCUAGUCGAAGUACGUCAUGCUGGCUGGGAGAAGGUACGUCACCAGACACAGUCAUGCCACCGGCAUACUCAGAAGACCCGCCCCCAGGACACACGUCAAUGGACACUAGGCUCACAUCAACGCAUACCGGUGAUGAGCAUGACCAGUCGACUGUGCAAAGUCAUGGAGGUCAGCAAACACCAGGAGCUUCCCCGGACAGACAUGACCUGGCGGCGUCCCCAACCAGGACGCGCCGCCGAAAGAGAUCCAGUCGGUCCUCGAGCUCACUACCACAUGAUGCCAUCCUGCCCAACUUGAAUGCAUCGCCGACCAAUGGCAGCGGCGGUGGCAGCAGCCGACGUCGAUCCAAUCCGCACUUGAGAGCCCGGAGACGCAUAAGCCCCAUGCCUGCCUCCAUGGCCAGCCCACCAGCUUCAUCUUCCUCCAUGCGUGCCAACGAGGAGAGCGAGGCGCAAGCAACACUAACAACCAUGAGAAGACCGGCUGCUACGACACCACCGCAACAAUCGUGGGCAAGAUCGACUGCACCAGGGCGAAACAGCAGGCAGGCCAGACAGCAAGAGAGCAGCAGCACACAAUCAGCACGUGAGCCAAUAGUGUCACCGAGCAGAGUGAACCAGGACACUGAAAGUACUGCUGAUGCUGCUGCUGAUGCGCACGGCAUGCAUGUAGUUGAAAUCGAGGAAGACAAUCCGUGCCAAGAUGAGCUAGACAAGAAUGGGCAAGAUACAACUGGCUUGGGUCAAGGCUUAACAAAAUUACAGUUGGAGCAGGGACAGCAGCAACAACCAAGAGAAGGAACACAGGCGGAAAGUGAAGGUAGGCAGCAGAUACAAGUCAACACAUCCAGCACCAACACAGAAAUACCCGAGAGAGAAGAUCCAGUUGGCGAAAGAUCCAGCCAGUCGCAGUCGUCAUCAACAUCUACGCACCCUGACACAUUACGACGCAACCUAUUUCCAAGUUUUCAAGCAAGAAGAAAUGGCACAAUGCUUCACAGAAACGGUCAAAAACAAGCACCAAGUGAAGCCAAGGAUGGUACGGUGGCUGAUAAAGACCACUUGGAAUACCCGAAUGCCAUGCCGCAACAACAGCAGAGGCCAGACAGUGCCACCACCCUGGCUGAGCAGCCCAUACGCGAAACGCAACGGCACUCCAGAUCAGUACAUCAGCGCAGUCAUACCACGGGCCACCAGCUAGCUCCUGCCACCACACGUAACAACUGGGUGGAGCGCCGCCAGUUUCCCAAGCUAGACAACAAAGUUGCGCCUGCACCGGGGCCAGGCGGAGCACGCAGCUCAGCACCUCCCGCACGGCUACUGAUGCCUGUCAGGACCAGGUCAUCACAACGAUUGCCGCCCCUAGAUACAGCAAACGCUGCAGCAGCUGUACUCUCUACUAAACUCAACCAGCAUCUCCAGGAGGCACCUGGUCGCAGUGUCAGCAGAUGAGAAUUCUCCGAAAAGCAUAGCCAUGGACAACAGAGCGACCAGGAGAUUGAGCAAUUGACACACAGAACAGAGUUCCAUUUGCGUUUCAAAGAACAAAGUAAAUGGAAAAACUGCCUACCUCUUCUUAUGCUCACGUAUUAAAGCAUAUGCCAUUGCCAGCCAAGCCUUGCAUGUUCUUCUUCAUGGUGAAAUUCCAGUCUGGCUUGUUUUACGGCAAACCAUUCUUCAGCUGCUGACAGUAACCAAAAACUUAGAGAGGCAAGUAACGUUACAUUCGAACAAUACUGGCCUUGAAAUUCUGUAGUUGAUCUAGCGUUAGGUAUACUAUUCAUGCUCUUAUAUACGAGUUCGUGUCAGAUAUUCUUCAGCUCCUGACAGUAGCCAAAAACUUAGAGAGGCAAGUAACGUUAGAUUCGAACAAUACCUUGAAAUUUUGUAGUUGAUCUAGCGUUAGGUAUUCAUCUAGCGUUAUUCAUGUUCUUAUAACUAUACGAGUUCGUGUCAGAUAUUUAGAGGAUUCCAUCAAUUCUUGUGAUAGCCAGGAGCUUUUAAACUGUUGAUUGUUGCACAUGUUGCCCCCUUGAUUUGUCCAUGGUGCCCUUUCUUUCCACUGUUGAGCUUUCAACCAAACUUGGCAACCUUUGUUAUACAUGUACUAGUAACAGUAUUGCCCUAGUGGUGUGCCAUGUCAGAAACUAAUAUUUGGCAAGACGUACUGAAGGAGAUUGCAGCGAAGAGA